GUAUUCUGUUGAAAGAAUACGCCUUCCUUGAGCCAAAACGGGUUCCCACGUACGUUUGAACCUCGGCGCAGGCGUCGGUGACGUGCUCCUCCAUUCGUUGGGUCGGUCGGUCCCACACAAGCCCCAGCGGCGGGGCCAUGGUUUGGAUGCAGUACACGGCGACCCGCUCGCAGCGCGCCGCCACCGCCUGCCUCUUCCUCACCGGCGCCGCCCUCAUCGCCGCCGCCGCCCGCCUCUCCUACGCCAACAUCGAGCCCCAGCAAGCCAAGGCCGCCGAGCGCCGACGCGUCCUCCAGGCCUUCAUCCGCCGCAAGGUGGGAUCGGAUUCCUCAGACUCCGACUCCCCACAGGAUCCACCCAAGCCCUAGCGCCAACUCGCAACACACGAGGGGAGGGACGGGCAUGGCGCUGUCGGUUGGGGCCUCCCCUUCUGCUCGGCCAUGCACCGACAACGGCAAGGAAGCACCGCACCUGGCGAUGGACAUGACGCCAUCACGGAGCCCUUCGGGAGGUUCAUGCCUAGAUGAUAGCCCCCUAGUGUUGCACUGUGAUGCUUGCUAAUUUUUCGUUUGUGCAAUACCCUGUUGAUGCAACCUAGGAACUUUGCAAGUGCUGUAUACUUCGCUUGUUUUCACAAAUUGCAAUAAUAGAUUGUUCUCCGUUA